CCCGCGCCGUCCCCUCCCACGCCCCAGCGCGCCGUGUCGGGAUAGUGGCAGUAUAAAGUAUAUCUUCCAUCCGAGACAGAUAAGAAGCGCCAGGCUAGAGGGGAUGAAGAUGGCGGACGCCAAGCAGAAAAGGAACGAACAGUUAAAGCGCUGGAUAGGCUCGGAGACGGAUCUCGAGCCGCCCGUUCUGAAGAAGAAGAAGACGAAGGUGAAGUUCGACGAUGGCGCCGUGUUCCUGGCCGCCUGCUCGAGCGGCGACACGGAGGAGGUGCUGCGAAUGCUCGACCGCGGCGCGGACAUCAACUACGCCAAUGUAGACGGCCUCACCGCGCUGCACCAGGCCUGCAUAGAUGAUAAUGUGGACAUGGUGACCUUCCUGGUGGAGCAUGGAGCCUGCAUCAAUCAGCCCGACAAUGAAGGCUGGAUUCCCCUUCACGCUGCCGCUUCCUGCGGAUACCUCGACAUCGCUGAGUAUCUUAUCAGUCAAGGUGCAAACGUCGGUGUAGUAAACAGCGAGGGAGAAACGCCACUGGAUAUCGCAGAAGAGGAGGCCAUGGAGGAGCUACUGCAAAACGAGAUCAACCGGCAAGGCUUGGAUAUCGAGGCGGCCAGGAAAGAGGAGGAGCGGAUCAUGCUAAGGGAUGCACGACAGUGGCUUAACAGCGGCCAGAUCAACGACGUCCGGCACACCAAGUCUGGGGGGACCGCACUGCACGUCGCUGCAGCCAAGGGAUACACUGAGGUUUUAAAGCUUUUAAUCCAAGCAGGGUAUGAUGUAAAUAUUAAAGACUACGAUGGCUGGACUCCGCUCCAUGCUGCUGCACACUGGGGCAAAGAAGAGGCCUGCCGGAUACUAGUAGAGCAUUUGUGUGAAAUGGACAUUGUCAAUAAAGUGGGUCAGACGGCGUUUGAUGUAGCUGAUGAAGAUGUCUUGGGAUAUUUAGAAGAGCUGCAAAAGAAACAGAAUCUGCUUCUGAGUGAAAAGAAGGAUGUUAAGAAGUCUCCUUUAAUAGAAACUACAACUACUGGGGACAAUAAUCAAUCUGUGAAACCACUGAAGAGUAAAGAAACACUUCUACUGGAGCCAGAGAAGACUGUCCCACGAAUCGAGACUCUGGAGCCAGAGAAGGUGGAUGAAGAAGAGGGGGAGGGGAAGAAGGAUGAGUCUAGCUGCUCUAGUGAGGAAGAGGAGGAGGAAGACUCGGAGUCUGAGAACGAAGCAGACAAGACCAAGUCUUCUGUUCCGUCGAGCAUUUCUAACAGUACACCUGCACCUGCUAGUAUUACCGUCACGUCCCCAACUACCCCAAGCAACCAGGUGACCACCCCAACCUCACCUACCAAAAAGGUGAGCACACCUCCAGGGAAGGUGUCUCCUAAAGAGGAGGAGAGGAAGGAUGAGUCUCCUGCAUCAUGGCGACUGGGCCUGCGGAAAACCGGCAGUUACGGAGCACUGGCAGAAAUCAGCACAACUAAAGAGGCACAGAAAGAGAAGGACACAGCCGGGGUGAUGCGCUCGGCCUCUUCUCCUCGCCUCUCAUCCUCACUGGACAAUAAGGACAAGGAAAAGGAGAAGGAGAAGACACGUCUGGCGUAUGUUGCACCAACCAUCCCGAGGAGACACGUUAGCACAUCAGACAUCGACGAGAAGGAGAACAGGGAUUCAGCUGCUAGUCUGGUACGUAGCGGCUCGUACACCAGGAGACGCUGGGAAGAAGACCUGAAGAACAGCGACGGAAGCGCCUCACAAAACAGAACCUCCAGCUAUCAGCGCAGUACGUCUCACACGCUAGCGUUAGGCCGCACGUCUAGCUCUCGCGACCUGCCCGCCAAAUCCUCCUCUGCCUCCAGCCUGGAACCUAACAACUCUAAAGCCUGGCAGCAGCCUUCCUCCUACUACCAGUCUUACAGCAUUCACCGCAGCGGAUCGUUUGGAAGGAGGCAGGAUGAUGCUUUAAGUUCCACUUCUUCCUCCACAACAACGACCUCCACCUCCUCUGUUACCUCACCCACCGGACAUCGCAGCCUGCUGUCCAGGUAUUGGGGAGAAGAGAGUACGGAGAAGGAGAAGGAGAAAGAGUCAGCCACGGUCAUCCCCACAAUCAACACUGCAGCCACCACCACUACCACCUCCACUACUGGAACUGUUCUGGGCUCUGACGGACGAGAGAGACGCAGGUACACACACGCACUGGAACAUAUUAUCACUGAGUGCGUUUUUGUACAGGAGGGGCAGUCCAGGAGGUCCACACAGGGUGUGACCUUGACUGAUCUCCAGGAGGCGGAGAAAACCAUCGGUCGCAGUCGUCCCACAUGGCCUCGAGAAGAGGAGAAAGAAGAGAAGGAGAAACAGGACAAGGAGAAACAAGAAGAGAAGAAAGAGACCGAGACCAAAGAGGAUGACUACAGGUCACGCUACCGCAGCUUUGAAGAGAAGUACCGGAACACCUUGGCCUCAACCACCACGGCCUCCUCCACCCUGCCUUCCUCCUCGUCUAGCAGCUCCUCUUCUCUGUACAGCACCACCUCUCUGAACCGGCCCAACAGCCUGAGCGGUCUCACUUCCACCUACAGCCACCGCACCACACGCGACACUGAGAGAGAGUCUGAUAGAAAAGAAAAAGAGGACGACAAGGACGCUGAAGACAAGUCCCAGCCACGCUCUAUACGUGACCGCAGACGACCUCGAGAGAAAAGACGCUCGACUGGAGUGCCCAUCUGGAGCCAGGAUAGCGACGAGAAUGAGCCAGAGCAGCUAUCAGACUCCGAAGAAGGCAGCACUAAAGGAGAGCCUCAGAGUGACAGACUAUCCAGGUAUGACCCUGUCUCUACUAGCUCUUCCUCCCUCGACCGUUACGAGUCUUUGAGUAGCCGUGGCAUUGGGGAGAGCCGGCGGCCGUACUCUCGCUUCGAAAGAGACGACACCACUGAUUAUAAGAAGCUUUAUGAACAGAUUUUAGCUGAAAAUGAGAAGUUGAAAGCUCAGUUACGUGAUACAGAACUAGAGCUGUCAGACCUGAAACUGCAGCUGGAGAAAGCCACACAGAGGCAGGAGCGCUUUGCUGAUCGAUCACAGCUGGAGAUGGAGAAAAGGGAAAGAAGAGCUUUAGAAAGGAAGAUCUCUGAGAUGGAGGAGGAGCUGAAGACGCUACCAGACUUGAAAGCAGACAACCAGAGACUAAAGGACGAGAACGGAGCGCUGAUCCGAGUCAUAAGCAAGCUUUCCAAAUAGAACAGACCUCCGGCAGUAACGGUAUUGCACAUCUAGAUAUUAACACGAGACAACGGCGACAAGAAGGCUCCGUGUCAGUCCCCAGCUUUCCCUCGCUUCUCCGCUCCAGCACCUCACCACUCACACAGAACCACUGCGUUUACAGAACUAAGGAAAAGCGUUAUACGAGAGAAUGGCAUUGAACACUUUGCGGGCGGGGAAAGCCUCGAAAAACUAUUUAACCAAUAAGCCUUAGUUGUACAUACGUCACUUGCAUCAAAUUUCUCUUGGCUGUCACAGAACACCUGAUUUUAUUUGUGCCACACUUUUUUUUUCUUCUUCUUCUUUUUGUGAUCUAUCCUUUUUUUUUUUUUUUUUUUUUGCUGUUGUUGAUGCUUUUUUUUUUUUUUGUUUUUUUUGCUCUUUAAUCUUUCUUCCUGUGUAGAUGUGUUAUGCAAUGUGCAGCUCUCUCCUUCCAUUUCCUUCCACCCCCGUCCCGAAUGGCGCCAGAAGUCCCGCCUCAUCCUCAGAGGCACUGUCUCUCAGCAGAAGACUUCCCAGCGUUCCACAAUGCUGGCCGCACGCGCACGCUCCGCACACUUCCUCCUCUCUCUCUACGGACCCCUGGCUUUACCGAUUAGGUGGACCUUGUGGAAUCGAAGCUUUCACUUAUGUGCAAUAUACGCGUUUCCUUCUCUACAAAUGCUUUAAGAUUGUUCACUCUUUCACCCCGGUUUCCUUCCUCUCCCCCGCCUUUCUUUGAGUUUGUAGUGUAGUCGUUGGUUUAUAUCUUGUACUCCUCACGUUGUUUUAGCAGGUACUGAGUGAAGUUGUAUAUACCUGUAUGUAUUGUUUGAGACCAGCACAUGGCAUGCGUUUAUGGUUCCCUGUCUGUUACUAUUGAAAUAUACCAACUCCAGAGGACAUAGUGUGUUUUAACUAUUUCCUUCUUCUUUUAUAGUUGAAAAUGUUAUUGGAUAACAAUAGAGCCGCCCUCUUCAGUUCUUCUCAGUUUUAAAAGUGUUCACGGUAAUUGUGAGAUAAUAAUAUAAUUGCUUCACUACAUUUCACACAUUUUAUUCUGUAUCUUUGGAAGAGUGCUGUUCAUUUUUUUUUCUUCCUUUCAUCUUUUUUUUUUUUUUUGUCCUUUUCCUGUUUAUUUUUCUUUUUAAGCUGUAGUAUUAGCCAAGGUGUUGUCACUAAAAGAAGAUCCUAGAUAUCGCUAACCCAGUCCUUUUUACAAUGUCUACAUGCACUGUCAAUGCCAUGUCAGGAGUCUUGCUGUCCGGUUUAGCGAACUUUUGCCACCGCAUCAGAUGAAGUCCAUGCAUCGGAAACACGUUUUAUGCAUUUCAGUGGCCUUUUACUUAAAAUACUGUAGUUGGAAAAAAAUGUCGCUGUAGUUGGACUGUCAGCUGUCUCCUCUUUGGUUUAGGUUUUUAAUAUAUAUAUAUAUAUAUAUAUAUAUAUAUAUAUAUAUAUAUAUAUAUAUAUAUAUAUAUAUAUAUAUAUAUAUAUAUAUAUAUAUAUAUAUAUAUAUAUUUUUUUUUUCCUUUUUAAAUUUCCCAUCAUCUUGUAAAAUAGAUGUGUGGCUUCAUCCGUGCAAGCUGUGCUGUGACUACCAACCACUGAGAGUUAAUUAAAAUAAACUUGUACAUUGUAAAAAU